GAAACGAAAACAGGGCUAUACCGCAUUGCACUGGGCAGCCAAGCACGGAAACGAAGAUGUGGUAAAGCUAAUUGCCGGCACCUAUAGGGCCGAUGUAAAUGCCAGAACGAAUGGGGGUUACACACCCCUUCACUUGGCCACCCAAUUUGGAAGAGAUAACAUAUUCGAAUUGCUCUGGAAUGUAUACAAGGCCAAUCGAGACAUCAUGGACUGGAGUGGCAACAAGCCACUGGACUACAGUCGCCAGCGGUCGAGUGUCUCGGCCUCGACGUGCAGCAAAAUCAAGGCUCGCAAAAAGCAUGCAAUCGAAAAAGAUUUAGGCUUCCUGCGGAUUGGUUCGCUGAAUGUCCGGGUAAAGAAGACCACCGAAGCGUUCAGCAAUUUCUUGGGAGUGGGCAAUGGCAGUGGGGUGGCCCCGAUGGGCUAUGGCAGUGGCGGGGGAACGGGAGCAGCAAGUCGCCAUCACCAUCGGUCUCCCCGAGUCCCUCAUCAGCGUCAUCAUCACCACGUUGGUACGACACGGAGUCGCCAUCCGAAUCAGAGGGCAGCGAUGAGCACACCCUACGGGACGAACGGCGGGCUGCCGUCGAGGGCGAGUGUUCCCAAUAACCGGAACAUCUACGACGGAGUCCACAAGUCGUGGGGAUCGGCGGACAAUAUACCCCAGCGAUCGGAGGACCUGAUGCCGCCGCCCAAGACGGUGGAUUACAUAAGCAAGCGGAAUAAGUCUUCGAAGCGUUCGUCAUACGCCUCGAAUGCCACCGAUUCGCCCCGAGACUCCAUCUGCUCCUCGAACUCCAGCUCCAAUUUGAACGGUGGCUAUAGUAGCAUGCCCACCACUCCGAAUCAGUUGCGGGCUCCCAAAGGCAUCGCCACUUCCUUCGCCGUGGAUUCCGAUUCGGACUCCGCCUGUGGAUUUGACUCCAGUUGGUCGGUAAAUUGUCGUGGCUCUUCAAGCAGCAAUCCAUCACAAUCCUAAAAACCUGAAGCCUAAUAUGUCUACAUACCAUACAACUUAUAACAUUGACCAAGUAAUCAUGAAAGUAUUUGUUUUAUUAAGAAAACAUUGUUUAAGAUAUACAUUUUUUGUGUUUGUAAAAGUUCAAUUCUAACGUUUUAUUGCUUAGAACUUAAGUUUGCAUAGGCAUUAAGGCUAAAAUCCGUUCAAUGAAUUAUGUAUUCUUUUCUUUUAUAAAAUUAAAAUUCGUAUGUGUUUGUUGCAUUUAAAAAAUAA